AUGGCCUGCAAUGUGCUGGUUGAUGAGAAUAUAAGGGUUACAGAUGAGGCGUUGGGAGAUGCCAUUGAUGGAGGAUCAAUUAGAGUGCCUGAGCUGAUAUCCCAGGUUGAUGAGUUAACGGAAAUCCUUAGAUCUAACACCCAGCGUCUUAUGGAAAGAGAGGGUCGCUUGGAAGACUUGCAAAUUCUAGCGGAUGACUUGUCAGAUAAGGCGCAUCAGUUUCAAACUGUGACAAAAAGAGCACGUCGGAAGAUCUGGUGGCGAAGGAAUAAGUACAGAGCCCUGACAGUGUUGUUUAUCAUCAUCGUCAUCGUUGUUAUCAUCACAGUGGUCAUCCUGGUUGUAGCUCUGAGGGUUGUAUGA